AUGAGCCAAACUGAACAGUUGUCAUUGCUUGUACGAUUUGUUUGGAAUGGCGAAGUUGAGGAACGUUUGCUGGCGAUGAUGCCGAUGAAUGAAACAACAGCAGAAGCUCUUUUUGAGGCUGUCACCCAAAAGCUACAGCAACAUGGAAUAGAUGUUGCUCACUUGCGUGGACAGUGUUAUGACGGUGCAAACAAUGUAGCAGGAGUGCACACUGGCCUGCAAGCACGAAUCAAACGAGGUUUCACCUUCUGCUCUCUAUACUCAUUGCUAUGCACAUAUUCUCAACCUUGUCAUUGUGGACACUAUGAGCAAAAACAAGAUUGCCCGAGAUUUCUUUGGAACGUUACAGAACUUGUAUGUCUUUAUCCAGUCUUGCCCAAAGCGACAUAGUGUUUAUGUGAAGAAUCAGAGGGAAAUUAAUGCCCAUGCCGGAGGAGGAGAAAAAAUGGAGUAUACCCUUAAGAAGCUAUCUGAUACCAGAUGGGCUUGUCGUGCAGACAGUAUAGUAGGAAUACACCGUACUUUAGAUGCUGUAAUUGCAACGUUGAAGGAGGUUAGGGAAAAUGAAACAAAGGCGGCCAUUGCAGCUGAGGCAAAGGGACUGCUGCAAAAUGUUCAAGACUUUGAAUUCAUUGUAGCUCUAGAGGUAAUUUGAAUAAUUGAACUGUUAAUUUUUAAAAAAAAUAUGCGUAUAAUGAAAACUGUUUGUUCUUUUUAAUUUGUUCUAUUUUAUCGCAGGUGCUAAAAAAGGUGCUGCAUCUUCGUAAAGGGGUUUCAGACAAGGUUCAGUCCGAAGGCCUCGACGUUGUUUCAGGAUGUGAGAGAGUAGCUGAUCUUCUUACUGCAAUUAAGGCUCUUCGAUGCGAUGUGAAGUUUGAAGAUUUCUGGCUUGCAACCCUAGAGAGAUGCGCAAAAUUGGGAAUCGAGGAGCCAAAAGAAAAGCGUCCUCGCAAGUAGGGGUGCACCGGAUUUCAAAUCCGGCCGGAAUUCCGGCCGGAUUUAAAUUUCUGUUUUCACCUUAAAAAAUUUACCAAGAAUGGGAUAAACCAUCAAUUUGGCAGCUUCAACGUUUAAAAAACACUUAUAUUAUUAUAAAAUAUUAAGUUAUUAACAAAAAGAUAUUUAAAAAAGGUUUAAACACAAUCAAAAAUCUAAACUGACACCAACUAAAAAUAGUAAAAAGUACUGAUUUAUCCCUAAUUGUCCCCAUUACCGGUUUAUUUCAAAUCCGGCAAAUCCGGCCGGAAUUUCGGCCGGAAUUUUUGUCCAAAUCCAGUAAAUCCGGUUCCGGCCGGAUUUGAAAAUUCCAAAUCCGGUGCACCCCUACUCGCAAGGUUCCUCGGAGACUGGAUGAGAACCCAGAUACAGCCGCUCAGGUUUCAGUCAAAGACAAGUUUAAAAUUUUCUUUUUCUACAAUGUGAGUUUUUAAAACGAUUCAUAAUGUGACCAAUGUCUUAGAGGUGGUAAAUUUCACAAUCUUUAUUUAAUUAGGUACUGGACCUGAUGAGCAACUCGAUUGAAACUCGUUUUAACAUGGAAAAUACAGCUGUCCUCAAAGGCCUCGGAUACCUACAUCCUGCUCGAAUAUCGCAUUCACAAGCAUGGGAAAGCAUUUCUGUAGCGGUAAAAUGGUUCCAGAAUGAUAUUGAUUUGGAGAGUGAAAUAUUUUCGUUACAGCUAUCAUCAUUGGUAACAGACGUCAUUGAAAAGGCCGUAUCUGAGAAACGGAAUCCCGAUUUUCUUGAUUUGUUCAAGGCUUUACAGGCUGAACCCCAGUGUUAUGGUUGUGUUAGCAAAUUGAUGAAAAUUGCUUUAACACUUCCAAUCACUUCAUGUAGUGCCGAAAGAGUGUUUUCGAAGUUGAAGAUAGUCAAAUCGCGACUGAGAUCUACUAUGAAUCAAAACAGGCUUGAAAACCUUAUUCACAUGUCGGUGGAAGUGGAUUUGCUGGAGAAUCUUGACUUGGACAGCCUAGUUCAGAAGUUUACUGAUUGUGCUCCCAGAAGAAUGAAUUUGGUUUAG